AUGAACAUCGAUUUACCAGGGGAAAAGAGGUUACAUAAAGACCUCCUUUAUAUUGCAUCUUAUGAAAAGAAAGCACAUGAAAACUGGCUUAAGGCACGAGCUGCUGAAAGGACUUUAGUGGAAGAGAAGAGAGAAACUUCAAACCUAAGACAAAAACUUGUUGAAGUUAAUGAUAAACUCAAAGAAAUCCAAAGAACUUCCCUAAUUAAAUCAACCCCUGGCCGCCCAGAUAGACAGAUCCCACCACCACAUAGAGGCACACUGAACCAUAACAACUGCUACGGCCCACCUCCUCUGAGUGGAGGUGACCCUUCCCACCCACCAAUGAUUGAGGGCCCUGGGCACCCUCCUUCUGCUCCUGUGGGCAGAAGAGAACCCUUCGGUCACAUGGAUGGUCAAUUUGGUCCAAGAAGACCCCCACCUGAAACUUCCACACGAUUUUCUGGCCCUGAACGUGGACUUCCACCUCCAUUCAGAGCAGAUGUUGGAGAAUGUGCCCCACCAUUGAUUUCUAGUGGCCCAAGGACUUCCUCGCCUAGCAUUCCAUUGGAUGACUCGCAAAUUCCUGUUGAACCUCAGGCGUUAUCAUCUUCCCCACCAAAAGAACCAGCUACUAUGAACUCUAAAGCUGAAGAUGCACCAUCAUUUCCAGGGGCUCCGAUCAUGAAUUCACCAGUGACCGGUCCUGCACAUCCACCACCAUCAAAAGGAUUUGCCCCUCCACCAAUGACCAGACCUCCCAACGGAUAUGGCCCUCUGCCCUUCGCUGGGCAUCCUCUACCUGUCCCAGGCCCUCGCUACAGACCUCCACAUCCAGUUAGAGGACCCUAUGGUCGCAUGCUAUAUGGGCCUGCUCCGCCCUGGAGUGGUUGUGGACCACCUCCACCGCACAGAGACUAUUGGCCAGGACCGCCCCCUCCAUUUGGCUUAAGGGAUUUUGCACCUGGAAUGAGAGACUUGCCCUCUGGUUUUCCACCACCACAUGGACCUUGGGACUAUCCCUUUCCACCCAAAAACAUGCUUCCUGGGGCUGUUCCUCCACCAGGCAUGAGAGACUAUCCAGGCCCACAAGGUCCACCACCACAGAUGGGUCCCAGAGACUUCAAAGCAGGCCCCCCAGUACCACAACAGAUGAGCCCAAGGGACUAUCCUCCAGGCCCUAGUUUGCCAACACAACAGAUGCAACCCGGAGACUUCUCAAAUUCACAGAAUGGGCCAUAAAUUUCACCUAAUGGUGGUAUUUUAUUCAACUAAGCAGAGCAAAAAACUGUUUCUGUUCUUUUAUUUUUAA